AAAAAAAGAACAGUUUUAAUUAUCGCGGCGAAUGGGGUGAUCAUCAUCAAACGCAGAACUUCCCUUCACUUUUCGGCUUGUUGUGUUCGAAGGCAGAUAGUGGACGUUGGCCAUUAACGCCCAAAUUUUAUUGCUACACACAAAAAAAAUCGUCUGACACUCUUUUUAUUACGUUGAAGCGGAUUGUGAGUUCAACCAUUCCAUCGGUAGAGCGAAUCAUUUGUCGAUACGAGAUGAUGAAUGUGUUGUGUUAUUCUGUUAAAACAAAACCAUAUCUCGCUGGCACCAUCGUAAGAGGAAUCUCUACCAGCAGUAUUUUAAACGAAAAUCACAAAUGCAAAUUGUUAGUGGUUGGUGGUGGAGCGGGAGGAUGCUCUGUUGCGGCUAAAGCAUCUAACAAAUUGGGCAAAGGAAAAGUAAUCGUACUGGAGCCGGCUGAUAAUCAUUAUUAUCAACCGAUGUUUACCCUGAUCGGAGGAGGAAUAAAAAAGCUGGAGGAUAGUUUUCGGCCCAUGAAAAGUGUUUUACCCGCACUAGCCACCUGGAUCAAGGAUUCGGCCGCAAAAUUCGAACCCGAAAGCAACACCGUCCACACCAGCAGUGGGGACAAGAUCGAGUACGAAUAUCUGCUCGUUGCCGUCGGGUUGCAGCUCAACUAUGGCCAAAUUCCUGGACUGCAGGAAGCACUUUCGAUCCCGAAUGGGAAAGUAUGUUCAAACUAUUCUCCAAAAUACGUCGACCGCACCUACCAAGCGUUGCGCAACUUCACCAGUGGCAAUGCGGUUUUCACCUUCCCGAACAGCCCCGUCAAGUGUCCCGGAGCUCCGCAGAAAAUACUCUACAUUGCUGAGCACUUUUUCCGCAAGUCCAACAAGCGCAAAAACGCCCAGUUGCAUUACAACACCGCCCUGCCGGUGCUGUUCGGCGUGAAGCAUUACGCCGAUGCGCUAUGGCAAAUAGUGAAGAAGCGGGACAUUAAUGUGAAUCUGCGCACGAAUUUAGUCGAAGUAAGGCCGGCCACCGAUGAGGCUGUGUUCGAAAACCUAGACAAGCCUGGAGAAAAAUUUACCGUUAAGUACGAGCUCCUGCACGUCACACCGCCUAUGGGUGCGCCAGACGUACUGAAAGCUUGCAAAAGCCUCGUUAAUGAAGUGGGCUUUGUGGACGUAAGCAAGGAUACGCUUCAGCAUCAGAAAUUCAGCAACGUCUUUGCCAUAGGCGACUGUUCAUCCUCACCGAAUUCUAAAACAGCCGCCUCCGUGGCUGCCCAGUCACAAGUGGUGUACAAAAAUUUGAUGGCAGCGAUGGAAGGUAAAACGCCUAACAGGGUUUUCGAUGGAUACGCGUCCUGCCCCUUGGUCACGGGAUACAACACGUGCGUGCUAGCCGAGUUUGACUAUUCCUUGACGCCCUUGGAAACGUUCCCACUGGAUCAGCGCAAGGAGCGUUGGUCGAUGUACCUCAUGAAGAAGGACAUUAUGCCACCGCUUUACUGGCAUUUGCUGCUGAACGGUCUGUGGAAUGGGCCAGGUUUGAUGCGCAAAUUAAUGCACUUCCGUCUGUGAAAGCAAACGUGUCAGUGACUGUUGAAUGUAGGAUUCUUUCAGUUUUAUAUCUGGCUUUCUAUACUCAAUAUGUUUAUUGAUGAAAUGUGCAAUACGCAAUACGAACCCAACUGAUUCAAAUUCAAAUGUUUCUUUUGCAACUUGUUCUAAUCCGGUCCGUAAAUUCAAUUGAUGUGAACGUUAACUAUGGUUUUCGUUAUACGGUCGCACUAAAUAAAUAAUGGUUUUUAUUGUGUAUGAUACAGGAAGUAUCACAACCUCAAAA